AUGGAGGGCUCUCACAUGGAGGCCAGCACUGGGUCCCACAGCCUGGCGGGAGGCAGCGCGUCGCAGCCGAAGAAGGUCGCCUACUUCUACGACUCGGACGUCGGCAACUACGCCUAUGUGGCGGGCCAUCCCAUGAAGCCCCAUCGCAUCCGGAUGGCCCACAGCUUAAUCAUGAACUAUGGCCUCUACACCAAAAUGGAGAUCUACCGCGCGAAACCGGCGUCCAAGUACGAAAUGACGCAGUUCCACACCGACGAGUACAUCGACUUCCUCCACAAGGUCACGCCAGACAACAUGGACAGCUAUGCCAAGGAGCAGAGCAAGUACAACGUCGGAGACGACUGUCCCGUGUUCGAUGGGCUGUUCGAGUUCUGCGGCAUCAGCGCCGGUGGCACAAUGGAGGGCGCCGCGCGUCUGAACCGAGGGAAGUGCGAUGUCGCCGUCAACUGGGCUGGCGGUCUGCAUCACGCGAAGAAGAGCGAAGCCAGCGGGUUCUGUUAUGUCAAUGACAUCGUCUUGGGUAUCAUCGAGCUGCUGCGCUACAAGCAGCGCGUUCUCUACAUCGAUAUCGACGUGCACCACGGUGAUGGCGUCGAAGAGGCUUUCUACACGACCGACCGUGUCAUGACCGUGUCCUUCCACAAGUACGGCGAGUACUUCCCCGGUACCGGCGAGCUUCGCGAUAUCGGAGUAGGCUCUGGCAAGAACUACGCUGUCAACUUCCCUCUCCGCGACGGCAUCACAGACGAGACCUACAAGAACAUCUUCGAACCCGUCAUCGAGGCUGUCAUGACCUACUACGGCCCCGAGGCUAUCGUGCUUCAGUGUGGUGGCGACAGUCUGUCGGGAGACAGGCUGGGUUGCUUCAACCUGAGUAUGGCCGGUCACGCCAACUGCGUCAAAUACGUAAAGAGCUUUGGCGUUCCUGUCAUCGUGCUGGGUGGCGGUGGAUACACGAUGAGGAACGUUGCCCGUACCUGGGCGUACGAGACUGGCGAGCUUGUCGCAACGCACAUGUCCAAGCAGCUGCCCUUCAACGACUACUACGAGUACUUCGCCCCAGACUACGAGCUCGACGUCCGUCCGUCGAACAUGGAGAACGCCAACUCGCACGACUACUUGCACAAGAUCAAGACAACCGUCAUCGACAACAUUCGACGAACGGGCAGGCCUUCCGUGGAAGCUUUCACGAACAUCCCAGACAACCCAAUCUUGGCGCCUGCCGACGACUCUGAUGCUGAAGAUGAUCUGGACACAGACAUGAACCCCGAUGUGCGCGCUACAGAACGACAGAGGGAUCAGCGAAUCGAACACAACGGCGAGAUGUACGAGGACAGUGACGACGACGAAGACUACAAGAAUGGUCUCGGUGUCCGCGCACAGCCUGGCACCAAGAAGCGGCGACACAUUACUGACCAUCCCAAUCCAAACGCUGCAAAACCUGAUGGCCUAGAUGAGCUUAGGGCUUUGGACGAUGCCAACGGCGACAGUGCGCUCUCCACACGACAGACAUCACCAGCGGGCUCCCGUACGCCCGCGAUCGCGGAGCAGAGUGCAGGAGACGACGGCGAUGUGGAGAUGGAUGACGCAGAGGGUGCCACAACAGCUGCAGCGGCAGUAACUUCAACUCGAUCGCAGUCACCCGCCAACAACCUCACACCACCAGAGUCGCCCGCUGCAGCACCCGCUGCAGCACCCGCUGCAGCACCCGCCGCAGCACCCGCCGCAGCCGUGCCCGUCCCAGACGUUGAGAUGGCAGGCGCCGAUGAGGAGACCAAAGCAGACAUCGCCGAAGAGAAACAAAAAGGCGAGGCUGAGCGCGACUCUGAAAACGUGAAGGGCGAGGUGCGGACAGAAGUUGCCAAGGACAGCUGA